AUGUUUGUUUGGUUGUAAUGUACGCAAAAACGACUGAACCGAUUUUAAAAAUUCUUUCACCAUUAGAAAGCUACAUGAGCUGCCAGUGACAGGCUAUAUUUUAUCCUGGUACAGAGUAGCUUCCACGGGACGCGGGGAAACCGCAGGAAAACGGCUAGUCGUAUCCAAGGGCAUAAAUUAAAAUCGAGAAUACUUGUGAGUUUGCAUAUUUGGUACGUCGAAAAAGUAGGUUUUACGUAGGUACAUAUGUAUGAGUUGUCAUUAAAAUACUGGUAUCUUAAGUAAUGACAUAAAAAAUACAAAUGUCAUUUAAAUACAUAAACACAAUUUCAACAUUAAAAUUUACAGUACAACCCACAACAGUCCAAUAAAAAUGAAUAUCUAUAAUCCAUAACACUUUUCCUACCGUAUAUAAUUAUGCUACCUAUAAAAGUGAAAAUGAAGUAAAAUAUUCAAGAAUGCUGUAAUAUAAAUGGGUCCUGCUACAGACAAGGUAGACCUUAGCACAACACAAUCUGAUCUUAUGGUGUUACAAGAAAAAGGAUUUAUAUUAGAGAAAAUGAUCGGAGAAGGUUCUUACGCUAAGGUUUACAAAUCAACACAUAUGGUCGAUGAGACACGGCACGCUGUAAUGGCCUGUAAAGUGAUAGACACGGCGCAAGCUCCGCGCGACUACCUCACUAAGUUCUUACCACGCGAAUUAGAUGUCUUAAUACGAAUAAACCAUCCUCACAUUGUUCACGUGUCAAAUAUUUUCCAACGGCGAGCUAAAUACUUCAUUUUUCUACGUUUCGCAGAAAACGGCGAUUUACUAGAUUUUUUGACACAAAACGGCGCUGUGCCAGAGAACCAAAGCAGACUAUGGAUGAGGCAGAUUUUAUCAGGAAUUCACUACAUACACACGAUGAACAUAGCACAUAGAGAUUUAAAAUGUGAAAAUAUAUUGAUCACAUCAAAUUAUAAUGUGAAGAUUACUGAUUUCGGUUUCGCUCGCGCUGUGCGUUCUCGCGGCCACGACAUAUUGAGCGAGACGUACUGUGGUUCCUUGUCCUACGCAGCUCCCGAAGUGUUGAAAGGAGUGCCGUAUCUGCCCAAGCACGCGGACAUGUGGUCCAUUGGCAUCAUCCUGUACACCAUGCUUAACAAAGCAUUGCCUUUCAAUGAAACGUCAGUUAAAAAACUCUAUGAAAAGCAGGUGAUGCGUAAAUGGCGAUUUCGUACAAGCGUAGUUAAUCAACUGUCGACUGAGUGCAAACAUCAAGUAACUGCUUUGAUGGAGCCUGACCCCAAGUCCCGGCCUAAUGCUGGGAGCAUCUUCAAUGGACCGUGGAUGGGGAUGGAUCCGAGGCUCACAAAGUUAACAUUUCUAGAAGAUUCGUUACUGAAGCAGGCACACGAAGAGGCACAAAAGAGAGAUAAGGAGGCAGAGGAAGAAAGUGAGGUGGAGAGAAUCGCUGAGCUGCGGCGCAAGGGACGUGGUAAAGAGGGCCUGAAGAUAUUAAAGAACGUCGAACAACUAUAUGUCAAAUCACAACAGUUAUUCGAUGCGCAAUAAUUUUCAAAUAUUAAAAAAAAUGAAAAUCA